AUGCUCACCCUCGCUUCACUUUGCUUCCCGAGAGCCCCGACAGAAAGCCAGCCAUUUCCCGCUCUGUCAUCGGUGUCUUUGCAGGUUUAUGCGACCAUUAGCUUGGCGAUCGUCCAACUUCUUUUUCCCCGUCGGCCAGAUCUUUUUGCGCCAGAUGGCAGGCCCGUGGACCAAGAAAACAGCGCUUCAGCCUUUCACAAGUAUUCCAUGCACUGGUGUACGAGUGCGCUCAGUAUUGCUGGAAACCAUGUUGGACUCGACCAACUUCCUGUCCUAGACUACCGUACCAAAUCAAAGAGCCAGCCACCUCUUCUGAUCAUGUCCUCUAGGGCCUCUUUAUGGAAUCGCAUUGUAACCGACCGGUUUGCCGGGUUUGCCAAACAAUGGAUCCUUAUGUUUGUGCGAUCAAUCGUUACCUUUGGAUCUCCUUAUUGUGUCAUGCGGUUGCUCAAAAGCCUGGAAGACCACCAUGAUUCAACAUAUGAUGCUUGGAUGUGGUUGGUUGGAAUUAGUGUAUCUUCCUUAUGCCAAACAUUAAUUCACUAUCAUCUACUCUGGACACAGUGGUCGCAAAUGGGUGUCCCCGUUAGAGCACAACUGAUCAUGGCAAUAUUCCUCAAAGCUCUCAAGGUGAAAGACUCCAAAGACCCUAAAAGCUCAAAAACAGCGUCCGAAAAGCCCGAAGCCAUCAAUCUCAUCUCAUCGGACACCGCUUCCUUCAGCAAAUUCACUGCGGUCAACCACUAUAUUCCUGCCCUUCUCUCCAAGUUUGUUUUUGCUGUGUUGUUUCUCCUGAGAUUACUGGGAUGGCAGAGCACCCUUGCGGCAAUGGUAGUCACUGCAAUAAGCGUACCGGUACACACGUUCGUCAUUAAACAGGAGCGCGUGGCGCAGAAGAAACUUGCAGGCGCAAGAGAUAAGAAAACCAAAGCAAUCAACGAAGCCAUGCAUGCACACCGACAAAUCAAGUUCUCUGCCUUGGAGGCCCAAUGGGAAGAGCGUCUAGAGACCUUUCGACAAGAAGAGAUGAAGCAAUUACGCAGGAGCUUUUUUGCCAAAAAUGUAAGAUCUGUAUGGAGUGUUGCAUCUCCGUUCACUGUCGCAGCAUCUUCAAUUUGCACCUACGCAUACACCAAGAGGUCAAUAUCUCCAUCCAUAAUAUUUCCGAUGAUUGAGCUCCUGCCUCACCUCCAGGGAACGUUGGGAUUUCUCCCUGUGGUAUUCCAUGAUUACUUUGGCGCCCGGGCAAAUGGACGCCGUAUGGAGGAUUUCCUGAGAAGACCAGAACAGGAGAGGGUCCUUGCGCCCAGUCCAUCUGGCCGUGUUUCAUUCCAGAAUGCGUCCGUUUCCUGGCCAUCUGACGAACCCCAUGGAGAAAUCAAGCAGGAAAAGGAAACCAAUUCGCAACAUCGAUUUUCCCUCUGCAAUAUCAAUCUCGACUUCCCUGUUGGAGAGCUUAGCAUUAUUCACGGGAAAACAGGAUCCGGAAAGAGCCUAUUACUUGCUGCUAUACUCGGAGAGAUCGACCUCUUGGAUGGUCGAAUUGAGGCACCAUCGAUGGCUGAUGGGCAACCGGUUGCAUUUGUAUCCCAAACACCGUGGCUCCAGAAUGCUACAUUCAAGGAUAACAUCUUGUUUGGAAGCCCUAUGGACACUGAACGAUACGAGAAAGUCCUCAAAGCCUGUGCUCUCUAUCCUGACCUUGCUGCCUUGGCCAAGGGAGAUGAGACUCAGAUUGGCCUGCGAGGCGUCAAGCUCAGUGGAGGCCAGCGCGCGAGACUUUCUUUCGCGAGGGCAAUCUACUCCAGUGCGCAAGUUCUGGUUCUCGACGAUAUAUUCUCAGCCCUCGAUGCUCAUGUCUCCAGGGAGAUUUUCAGUGCACUCACCGGGGAGCUUUGUAGAGGCCGCACACGGAUCCUUGCAACUCAUCGGGUGCCUUUGUGCUUGCCGAAGACCAAGUACAUUGUCCAUGUCCAGGACAACACCAUAGAGUAUGCAGGAAACACCGACUCACUUGAAGAAAAUUGGGAUGUUGUCGAGCCCGAGACGCCUCCUGAAGCUGGCCCACCGGUGCAAGAGAAACCAAAAGAACGUCCACGCACCAAGACUAAGACCAGAAGUUCUGACGCGCGUACGGACCUGAAAGUGUAUAAGAGUUACUUUACCGCAGCAGGCGGCCUUGGAUUCACUAUCAUGUAUUUCCUGGGCCUCGUGAUCAAGCAACUUCUGAGUACGUUGACGACAAGGGUUUUGGGACGUAUCAACUCAGCACGCCCAAAGAGCGUCACUCAAUCAGAGAAUGUCUCGCCACUUACUGCCAAUGAGGAAAGCGGCUUAGAGCAGUAUCUCUAUCUGUACCUGCUCAUUUCGCUGCUGACUGUACUACUGCAAUUUCUUGUCAAUCUGUAUACUUUUGCAGGGUCACUACGCGCGUCCAAGUCUCUACUCCGGGAGGUUACGUCGAGAGUCCUUCGAAUGCCUCUUCUCUGGCUUGACAACACACCCAUCGGGGAGAUACUGAGACGGUUGACCGUGGACGCUAAACAUGUUGACGAUCAGGUCCUUGUCACCAUGUCGGAUUUUGCUGACAAUUUCGUCCAGAUGAUGGUUGUAGGAUGCAUCGGGCUAUAUACAUCCAAGUACACGAGCUUUCUAACCGUGGCUCUACUAUAUUGGUGUGCCGUGGUCAGCAAGCGCUACAUCAAAGCUCGAACGACAGUCAGGCGCGCCGAUGCAGAGCCAACCGCUGAUAUCCUCGAGCAUUUCACUUCAUCAGCGGCAGGGGUCAUGACGAUCCGGGCGUUCGGCGCAACAGAUCGGCUGGCUGAUCAGAUGCAUCAACGACUCGAUAGCCUAUCCUCAGCCAGGAGGCAUUUUUAUAUCUUUAAUCGCUGGCUGGGCCUCCAGAUGUCUCUCGUUGGUGUUCUGUUCAGUACCGGCACGGGCAUAAUCCUAAUGUCAUCGAGUUCUGUGAUCGACCCAUCUCUGAUUGGAUUUUCCCUAAGCUUCUCCAUGGGCUUCUCGCAGGCCGUGUUCCAGGCCAUCAACACUUUCGGAAUGCUGGAGACCUACAUGAACGCAGCAGGGAAUAUCAUCGCCUACUCCGAGAUGGAGCCCGAAAAUCAAGGCGGCCAGGAAGCUCCAGACAACUGGCCAUCGAAGGGAGCUGUUGAGGUCAAGUCCCUUGAUGUUUCGUACUCCACGGACCUGCCCCUUGUUCUGAAAAACGUAUCAUGCAGUAUUGAGGGGGCCACAAGAGUCGGCAUUGUAGGACGCACGGGAGCCGGAAAAUCUUCGCUAACACUGGCUCUUCUACGCCUGAUUGAACACCAAGCCGGCUCCAUCAUCGUCGACGGCAUCGACAUCUCAACCAUCAAGCUGCAGUCCCUCAGGUCCCGAAUCGCUUUUAUUCCGCAAGACCCAGUCUUAUUCUCCGGAACGGUGCGGUCUAACCUCGACUACUUCCACCAAAUUCCCGAAGCCACCCUCAACGACGCCCUGAAACGCGUCAAACUUCUUGCAGAGGGCCCAGAGGAGGAAAACACCGGCCUGUUCACCCUCGACACACCCAUUAGCGCGGGGGGAGCCAACAUGUCCGAGGGCCAACGGCAGCUCCUCUGCCUCGCACGGAUCCUAAUCAAGGAUCCGAAGAUUAUCAUCCUCGAUGAGGCGACAUCAGCUGUGGAUCACAAGACAGAUCUAUGGAUCCAGGAGACGAUUCGGACCCAGUUUAGUGGGACGUUGAUUGUGGUUGCGCAUCGACUGAGGACCAUCUCAUCGUUUGAUAAGGUGAUUGUCAUGAGUGAGGGAGAGAUUGCGGAGAUGGGGCCACCAGCCGAGCUAUUGAAGAAGGAGGGGUUGUUCUAUGAUCUUGUUCAGAGUAGUGAGGACCGGGAAUUCUUGACGGCCACAAUUGGAUGA